AUGGAGAACCGCCGCCAAAAGUCGAGCUCCGGGGAGCUGUUCUCCUUCCCUAGUACCCCAAAUCAAGACCAAGAUUCUGACUUUGAAUUUGGUUGCUUUACUCCUGACUCUCCCUCGCAAGACCCUUCAAGAAACUCACCUGCUGAUCAUCUUUUCUUCAACGGCCGCCUCUUGCCUCACUCUUUCCCACGCGAUCAACGACCGUCUACUGAUAACAUUAAUGCUGGUAUAUCUCGUGCGACAAGUCGAACGAGCAGUGUUAGUAGCAAGGAUUCGCUCAUGUCAUCGAGAAGUAAUAGUACUAACAGCAGGAGCAGUAGCUGCAGCAGCGCAAGAACGAGCUCGAGUGACAAUUCGGAGAGGAGAUUCUUGUAUUACAAUAACAAAAACACUGCAUGCAAAGCGACGAAAGCCAGUAGAAUCGUCACCGCUCAGCUGUAUGGAUCUUCGCAGAGGUGGCAACAUCUGACGCCGGUGCCUGCUGCAGUGCUGAAACGCGAGACUUCGCAGAGGAGAAAUGCCGGCGGAGCUGUGUUGAAAGAUGGGUUGAGAUCACCAUCUUCAUCAUCAUUAAAGAGAUCAGCUUCGCAAGGUACAGAAAGGAGGAGGAGUAGCCGUGACAGGGCGGAGGCGCAAGGGCUCUGCAAGAGAUUUUUCAUGUCGUUUUUGUUUGCUUGCAGAGAGUGCCAUGCCAUGGAACCAUCCACGAAAGAUGACAUUUUGCAAGCAAGACAUAUAAAAUUAUAGUUUGGUAUCUUGUUUUGGCAUGUAUUUUUGAGUAAUU